CAAUCUUUAAAAAAAAAAACCCAACCGCACAUUUCUCUCUCUCUCUCUCUCUGCUAAAGAGUUAAGUUGUUCAGCUCAGUACAACCCAUUGAAGAGAAACAGAGCUUAGAAGCCUAGAAAUCACACAAUGUCAUGUUACAAGUCACUGUUGUUUUCUCUUCUUACCACUACCACCUUUCUCUUUACCUUCUCACAGGGAGAGCUUGACUUUCCCACCUUCCAAACACUACCCACUUCAGGGGAAGAGCAUGGUGAGGUGGUUUUUUGGGGGAGCAAAAGAUUUCUUGAGGAGGGACUCAUUAUAUCUCCUCUGAAUUCAUCAUCAUCAUCAUCUCUGGUUUUGGCUGCAAAGAGGACAGAGAGGAAAGACCCUCUUAAUGGGUUCAAGAAAUAUACAGGAGGGUGGAACAUUAGCAAUGAACAUUACUGGGCUUCAGUGGCAUUCACUGCUGUUCCCUUCUUUAUGAUUGCAACGGUCUGGUUUGUGGUGUUUGGACUGAGCUUAUCUCUCAUCUGUCUCUGCCAUUUCUGCUGUAGAAGGGAAGAGCCUUAUGGCUAUUCUAGAGCAGCUUAUGUUCUCUCUCUUGUUUUCCUCAUAAUCUUUACCACUGUUGCAAUAGUUGGAUGUGUUGUUUUGUACACCAAUCAAGGGAAGUUUCAUGAUACCACAACAGAAACAUUGAAAUAUGUAGUAAACCAGGCAGAUAUUACUGUGGACAAACUCAAAAAUGUUUCAGAAUAUCUUGCUGCAGCCAAGCAAGUUGGGGUGGAUAAAGUGUUUCUACCUUCUAGUGUCCAAACAGACAUUGAUGGGAUUGAAAGCAAGCUGAACUCUUCUGCUAGCAACCUUGCUGAGAGAGCUUCCAGUAAUUCAAAAGACAUACAAGAUCUGUUGGAUUCUGUGAGAUUGGCUCUUAUCAUAAUUGCCGCGGUUAUGCUUGGCUUGACAUUUCUUGGAUUCAUAUUCUCAAUUUUUGGCAUGCAGUUUCUCGUGAACAUAUUGGUGAUCAUCGGAUGGAUACUCGUUACAGGAACAUUUAUUUUGUGUGGCAUAUUUCUUCUUCUACAUAAUGUGGCUGCAGACACAUGUGUAGCAAUGAAUGAAUGGGUAGAAAACCCAACAGCACAAACAGCAUUAGAUGAUAUACUGCCAUGUGUGGACAAUGCAACAGCACAGGAAACAUUGAUGAGAACAAAGGAAGUGACUUCUCAACUAGUGGAAGUGGUUAACCAAGUCAUUACCAAUGUCUCCAACAUCAACUUCUCUCCCAACUUUCCACCUUUCUACUUCAAUCAGUCUGGUCCUUUGCUCCCUACACUCUGCAAUCCCUUCAAUUCUGACUUCACUGAUCGUUCUUGCUCUGCUGGUGAAGUCGAUUUGAGCAAUGCAACUCAGGUAUGGGAAAACUAUGUAUGUAAGGUUUCACCAAGUACCGGUAAUUGCAUCACAACAGGCCGGCUGACCCCCACAACCUACAACCAAAUGGCUGCCGAUGUGAAUGUGAGCUAUGGAUUGUAUCAUUACGGUCCAUUCCUAGUUGAACUACAAGACUGCGUUUUCGUGCGACAAACUUUUAGCAACCUUUAUAGCAGUCAUUGCCCCGCCUUGCAGCGAUACAGCGAGUGGAUCUAUAUUGGGCUGGUGAUGGUUUCUGUUGCAGUUAUGUUGUCUCUGAUUUUCUGGGUUGUGUAUGGGAGAGAGCGACGACACCGUGUUUAUACCAAACAGCACCAGCCUGCACAUGGUCAAGGUGUUGAAGGGGUUAAGGCUACUAUUGUUGAAGAGGAUAAGGUUACUUAGGAAACUGUGGUUUACUUUAAUAGUGAAUGCACAUUACCCGUGUUUGUUUGUUAUAUUAGAUUGGAUGAGAUUAUGAAGAAUGUAUGAUUAUUAAGUUGAAGAUAUAAGAUAAAUGUGUUUGUUUAUGUAUUAUUGUAGUAAACAUUAAUUGGUUGA